GAUGGUGAGCAGCUCCUAAGAACCAGACAAGUCUUGUAUUUCCAGCCAUUCACAAACAAGAACAUAAUGUAUAGUGUUGGGAAUUUUUACGCUUCUUUUUAAGUGAAAUAAUUUGUGGUACCAACUCUCUCAGCAAUCACAGGCUUAUAUUUCUGUGUGACUGUAACUAGGGCGCUUUGGUAUUAAAGUUAACGUCAUACAGCAGCAAUGCGCAGUAUUAAUCUGAAGCAGAGUGUCAAAACACAUUUCAGAUAUUUCUCUCUUCUGCUGAUAAUUGUGGUCUGAGAGUAAGCAUUAGAAGUAUAAAAUGAAAUAAGUGUUUUUGGGAAGAUGCACGCUAUUGAUGUUGUUACAUAGCAUACUUUUCUUACAGAACUCUUCAAAUAUUUUUAAAGAAUAUGUAGUAGAGUGAGUUCAAAAUACACAGCACAAAUUGGUGUUUAACACCUUAAAUUGUGAAACUUACUGCUGUGGGAUGUCAUGGAAACACUUGGUAUUCCUGGGUUCAGAGAAAUUACAUAUUCUGACUUUAAAUGCCAAAACCAGCUUGGAGCUAAAAAGAGUAUUUGAACUGCCACUUGCUGAAAUCAGGAGAAAUGCACCAGAAAAGUGAUUCCUGUAUGUGUACUCUAGUGUUAUAUUUUACUGAGCAUCUGUUACUACCCAUUGCCAGAAACUGGAUACUGAGUUAGGGACAUCUCUGGCCUGACUAAAGAAGGCACUUCUCACAGUUGAAAAGAGCAGGAACAAAAGCAGUAGUGGGCAAAGGAUGUGCUCAUCUCUUGUUUCGGGCAUUUCUAGUUUAAAUUUGGUUUGCUUUUUUAGGAGAGCUUUAUAUAAAUGGGGUGGUUUUUUGUUGAAAUCUGCUGAAUUUAUUGAAAUUUCACUUUCCUUUAAUAACAUCGUAUAUUUUUACCUUACUGCCAUACAACAAGCUAAUUAAUCUUGUGCUCAUCAGUAUUCUGAAUAAAUUCAAACCCUCCUUGAUCCCACAUUGGUAGGUCUUUCUGAGCUGUACCUGUUACCUCUGGGAUGGCAGCCAUGUGGCAGCACUAUAUCUAACACACCACUGGAGGGCUUUGCUCCCAGAGUAGGAGUUAUAUUACCAAGUAAUAAAAAACAGUAUUUCAUGGUUGUGUCUCAUAAUGUGUGUCUCAGCUUCUUUUGACUCCAAAAGAAUUAAAUGCUGUCAUUGCUGUGAUCAGAUUUAUUUGUUUUCACUAAUGCUUACUUGCCUCAAGUUGAUAGGUUUUGAUAAUUUGACGAAAGGGAGUAUAUCCAUAUUUAAUUUUCAGUGGGGAAAUAUUUUAAAACCAAGAAAAGGAAAUAAUAGCAUAAAAAAUAACACUUCCGUCAUUAAUGGUCAGCAUAGGCAAACAAAUCUCUUCCUGUUUUGAAUUCUACACUUGGUGGUGAGUUACAUAUGUUCAGAUGCUUCCAUAUUUUAUUUUUAAAGCUAUAAAUUGUAGAAGUAGCGUUUUCACAUUUAUUUUCUGCUUCUUGUCAUGUUUUGUGUUUUACGUAGUUUGUUUUGGAAGAGUAAUUCGGCUGAAAAUAAAACAAACUCAUUCUUAAUUUAGUGUCCCAGCUUGCAACGUAGUUGUUCUCUGCUUUAUAUUUGUGAUCUAAUGUUUCAUAAAUAAUUUAUUAAAGUAAUUGAAGUUUCUGUGUUUGGCAAAACAGGUUUUUCAUAUUUGGUGACCUAACACAUUUGGAUAACUUUGCCGGAGUUUUCCCUCUCCUCCCCCUUCAAAGAGCAUAUGUGUGUGUUGCGUUAUAGUAAUGAAGUAUUAGACUUCACCACUUACUGCUUUUAAAAGUGUAUUUGCAUUAAGCUCUGAACCUGAUUUCUGUUUAUGUUGAAGCUAGUUCAAAAAAUCUUUUGUCGUGUAGGAAUUAGAGUGAAGACGAAAUACACAUAAUUUUUCUGAAGUGGAAAAUGGGAGAAUCGGUUACCGUGGACUUAGGUUUUUUGCGUAUGAGAAAAAGAUGUUACGGUAGCCCUGACAGUAUCCAGACGUAUAUGAGAAAGGGACAAAAAAGAAUAUGUGUACGUUACGAGAGUGGAGAUGAGAGUUUUGAAGACAGCUAGCAUGGGAAAUAAGAUGUUUAAAAUGAAGGAUUCUCUUAUGUAUAUGGGUGUUUCAAGUGUUACAGGUCACCACAGUGUUUUACACUGACCUCACUGCGAAAUUUUCGUCUUCCUUCAAGCAGGCAGGAGCGAACACAAUGAACUCACACACUUUGGUUGCCUGAUCCUGCAAUCCUUUGCUCACACGAGUUGCCCCACCGAUUGCAGUGGGACUGCUCACGCAUUUCACCCUGUUCAGCAGAACGAGCCCUACAAGAGAUGGAAGACGCUGAGCCAUGGUAUUCUCGGCAAGUGUACGCAAGAUACUGGAGGCACUAUGACUUAGCCAUGCGCUGGAUGCGUAGACAUCAAAGAGCCUACAGGAAAGCCAUGGAGUCCUUUUAUCACCUACCGUGGCAUCCUUAUGCAGCCUCUCCAAGGAGCCGCUACUCAGAUUGGGAUGGGAAUGAUCUCCUGCAUACCCAGAACUAUUCUUCCAGCUAUAGACCACAUGGCAGAGCUCCAUACUGUGGCGGAGCUCAACAUUACACAGAUGCCCAUCAAGGGAGGGAAGAUGCUGACAGGGACUCUGAAAUGGAGGAGGACUCAGAGUCUGAAGGGGAGAUAGAAUAUGACUUGAGUAACAUGGAGAUCACAGAGGAGCUUCGCCAGUUUUUUGCACAGACAGAGAGGCACCGGGAAGAACUGCGGAGACAGCAGCAGCUGGAAGCUGAGCAACAGUACGUGGAUGCUGAUCAAGACCUUCACAGGACAGAGCGAACUGUGGAGCCGCCCACAGAGAGACCUGGGGAGAGGCGAAUGGCAGAAAUGAAGAAACUGUAUGGUGCUGAAGCUGACAAAAUCCAGGCAAUGGAGGCAGCCUUGCAGCUCAUCUUUGAUAGAAACUGUGACAAAAAGCAGCCCAAAUACUGGCCCAUUAUUCCCCUUAAGCUUCCUCUUUUCCAGCUGGCAUCCGAUUUUCUACUUUUCCAGUGGGCAUCGCUUCAGCUCAGUGUGAUCCUUCCGAGGGGGAGCAGUAGCCUAUUUAGAGCUUAAACCACAUAGAGAUUUACUGGCUGGAACCCCAGAGAACAACCUAGCAAGAGGCUGAUGAGGGCACUUAGCCAGAUCAUCUCCAAAACACUGCUGUUAAAAGAACCUGAUAUGCAUGUUAAGUAAACAUCAAAUAUGCAAAACCCGGCACAUGUAACAUGCAGAUAAUAGCAUAAGGUAAUAGGCCCUGUCUCCGAAUAAAUAACAGAACUCUCAUAACCACAGGCAGUUCCAGUAUUUUCUGUUCACUUUCAAUGUCUUCUGAAUGGGUGCUAUCUAUAAUAUAAUAAAACUCCCACAGGCUCCAGCAGGACUAGGAUUUAGUGUUAAACCCUGGCUAAAACAAGGGGAAGAAAUUUCUCUUACACACCAACAGGCAAAAAGUGUAGAAUAAAUGUGAUCCAGGAAGUUAUUAUAUAAAGGCGUUGAUAAUUUCAUUUGCAUAUAAAAUAAUAACAAAAGCGGAAGCUAAAUUAUCUCAUAUAUACAGAAACCCUGGGUGUUCAGGAUUGGCUACUCAUUAUUCUCUUGUCAUAUAAAACAAUUCAGUCUGCAGCUGCAUUUCUCUCUCACAAAUCCAAUUCAAUCAAGAGAACCGAAACAUCAUUAGCAAACCCACUGAUUUAUCCACCAGUAAAGUGCUGAUACAGGCUUCUAUUCCUGCUGCUAAUAAAUUCUCUUCAUAGCAGUGUUUGCUCUCUCUAGGGAUCUCCCAUUAGUCUAAUGGCUACAGGUUUCUAACUUUACUGCUGGAAUCUUUCAGCCUGAAAAUCAAUAAUAGUAGGGUCCAAAACCUGUGGGAGUCACAGCAAAGAAAGGACACAAGCCCAAAACAUGCAUCCAGUUUCUACAGAGAUGUGCUUACACGUAACUGCAGGUGAAGCAGCACCUGGUGCCUUAAAAAAUGCUGUAAUAAGACUUUUUUUCUUUUGAAAUAUAACCAUUGUCUCCUGCUUUGGUCAUGACUUCCUCUCCCUGUUUCUCUCAGCGGUCUUGCCUCCCUCUCUGUACUUUUCCUUGGCUCCUACUUGGUUUGUCACCGUAAUUGCCAGCUGGCCGGGCUCGUUCACCUCUGCUCCGGCCUUUCUUCUCCUGCAGAAAUGCAGCAGCUCUGAAAACCCCUGCUAAGCAUUGUCUCCUGUUCCUCCUGCACAUCAUCUACCACCAGGGUUCUGGGCCGUCACCUCCGAGCUCAUCACAGCAUCAUCCCGUUGCUGCUUCCAUACGUGUUGGCCCCUCCACACUAUUUCAAGGCCUGGGCACGCACUUCUGCAUCGUUUCCAAGGCAGGCUCCAAACAGGGAAGGCCCAAGGCGUGUCAGAAGUGCCAUUGUCUUUUGAGAAUAAUUUCCCAAGAUGCAGUUUCUGUAACUUCUUUAACAGUUCUGGGUCAUUUUGUCUGCCAGAUUCAUGUGAUGUUUGGUUUGCCUGUGGCCCGUUCAUCUUUUAAACACAAGUAGUUAUUUCCUUGGAAUACUGGAGGCCAGAAUAAAUGUUCUAGGCUAUCUGGCAGCUAAGAAACACUUAAGUUUGGCCUGAACUUUCCAAAUCUACCUAUGACAGUAGCCCAUGUUUUAUAUAGCUUUAAUAAAAAGUUUUAUUACAUUCCUCUCUUGGAUUGGUAUUAUUAUUCUACUUGCUGAACAUGAUAGCCAAGAUAACAAGAAUCAGAUAACAAGAGUCUUAAAAAGAGAGAUCUUCAUUUAUAAAAUACAGGCUUUCCAAUCUAUCUUACGCAUGCUAUAAAUAAAACAUAAAAUGAUUACUAAUGUACUUACACUUUCAUUUAUUUACUUCUUCAUCUCUCCUAAUUGCAGAAUGGAUAUAUAUGGGUGACUAGGGUGUUGUGAUUUUUUUUAUUUUUAAUCAUAUGCUCAGGCAGUUGCAAAAAUUCAGUGCCUGGACUGAAAAUGGGAGGAAUAUGCUUAUGUUUAGAAUAGCUGUUUGGAUUUUUUCAAGAAAAAGCACACCAUGUUUAUUAGCCUAGAUGUUAAACUAAUCUUGCAAACCCAAGAUUCAUUAUCAAACACAAUCUCAUUGUUAUUUUUCAAGCUCCUCAGUUGCAUUCAUCCUGGUGGGUCUUUCCUGGCCGGUUCUCACUUAUCUGACCUGUGUGGCUUGUGCCAUUUUUAUUCCUGAAUGUCACAUUUCUGGCGGGUCUAAUGCAUUUGGCUUUCUGUGAAAUCAGAAGGAGGUGAAGCGUUUCCAUGGUGCCAGCAGAACUUUCUUCCAAAACCAGACCUCACUGAGCUGAUGGAGAACGUAGUGUCUUGGUCCCAUUUCCAUUAUCCACCAGUGAAGAACCUGCAGGGCUGCACCAGCCACUGUAGCUCCUGCAGCCCGGGACACCCAGCCUCUGUCUGCAGCCGCUGGACGUGCCGAGGGAGUCACACCGCUCCUGAGCUGCUGAGUCGUCCCCAUCUUUUCUCCAACACAUUGGUUUUUUGUGUUGUUUUUUUUUUUUUUUUGCCACAAACCACAAUUCCUGAGUAUAUCCAUUAGCUAGAACUGGACUGCGCGAAGCAUGAAGAGCAGCACAGAAGCAAUAAAAAACAUAGUGUGUCCAGGGGGGUGGUGGUGAAACCCCAACAUAAAAACCAAGCCAGCAUUUUUAAAUGUAUAAUGGUAGAUAACUAAUCUGGCUAGCCUGUUGUGAGAGAAUUUAACUCAGCUUUAUGAUACAGUCAAAGUCUUAGGCGCUAUUCAUGUUUACAGAGCAGAAUGAAAACCUUCUGCAAUCAGUUAUGGGCUUGUGCCUAUUGACAGAAGUGAAAAAAUGAGAACUGAAAUGAAAUCAGCUGGCUGUUACUCAGCCUCCACUGCCCAACUGGAUCAGGAAAAGUGUUAAAAAAAGAGUCCUGCAGUUUUCCUUCCCAGCUCUUUUGAGUUUGAGUUUCAGUUUGCAAAAAAAGGCACCUGAGAAUCUUCUUAAACACUCUCUGUGCCUGCCAUCAAAGGAGUUUUCUACUUUGGAAAAAGAGAGCAAGCCUUGUCUCAAAAUGUACUUUUGCCAGGAAUUCUGUCCUGAUUAGGCUGCCUUGGAGCACUUUCUUGGGUGGGUGCCAUACUGAAAUUAUUGGAUGGCAGCCAUGUGUUCAACACUUAAAGUCUAUUCCCUUAAUUUGCAACUCAGCAUCGAACUUAGGUUAAGUCUAUUGAUACCACUGGAGGGUGGGGCUAACAUACAUAUGUAUGCAAUUAUUUUCAGGAUAUUGCAAUGAGUACAUAUACGCUCCCACGGAAGUUGCUCUGAAGUUGAACACUAAUGUUUCUUGGGUAUACAUUUUGCCCCGUCUGGUUUCUUCAUUUGCAAAUUAUUCCACAUUCAAAUCUCCCCACUGGUACUAAUGAAAACAUUGGAUAAUCUAUACAUUUGAGUCAGCUCCUCCCAAAGACAUGAGGCUGGCCUCUCCAGCCCACACGGUCCUACCCCACAACAGGAACUUAGCAAAGCACUUCAGUAAACGUUUGUAUCCGAGUCUGCUGGACUGAACUCUGACCAAACUCAAGUGCAAUUUUGCGCCUAAAUGUUUUCAGAAUGAGGCAUGUGGAAGAAUGUCUUCACCAGGAUCAUUUUGUCGUGACUCACAUACCAGGAGGUAAGACAUUUUUCUCCCUCACUUGGAGAAAAUGCUGUCAGCAUUUCUCAUCCACAUUUCACAGAUCCAUCAUGAAAUGAGGUGGGCUGCACAUGGAAGGAAAGGUUGUACUGACUUGGAUUAUUUUUCUGUGUAACAGCCAUCCCUUUUCAGAGAUGUUAGUUUACUCUUCCACUCACAAGCUUUCCGCUCCAUAUAAUGCUUCACUGAGACCAUCCACGCUCUUUCAGUCCUCAUAUAAUCUCCUGCGUGGUUCCCUAGGUGUGAGUUACCUAUGUGGCAUGCAGAGAAAAGCACAGAAGCAAGUGUGUGUAUCCACAAUAAAAACAGCUCAUACCAUUCUCUUCCUUCAGGUCUCCCUCUAGACCCAGGUCUCUCAUGGACACUCACAGAAUAUUCACACACGUAAGUGCAAAAAACUGCGCUUAGGGUAAGGUCCCUCAUGUAGAGCUAAGGGAAAGACAGUUCUUUACUUGCCAGAGGUCCUAAUCUUAAUGUUAUUCCUUCAUUUUCAAUCAUGUCUUCUAAUUAUUUUUUUUUGUACCUUUAAAAUCACAAAGUGACAUUGAUGAUUCCACAAGUGACUUAGGGUAUAGAAACCAGAGAUAAGCCUAUCUUUUAACACUGAAGAUGUAUUUAGUACUCUGUAAUUAACACCAAAAUGGUAAUCACUAAUUUUCAGAUAAAAUUAACUAUGGUUCAUUGGGAAAAAUUAUGCAUUCCAUUGAAUAUAUGAUUAUAUCUAUUCUAAAGCAAUCACUGCUCAUAUUUACAGAUUGAGAAACAGUUGCUGGAGAUAUAACCUACUUGGUAAUAAGAAACAGUUUUGAUUUUGAAGAGUAUUUUUCCUUACACUGUCGUACCUUAACAUUAAAUUCCAGGAGGAGUAUCUACACACUGACUGAACUAUAUCCAAUUACUUCUCAUUUUUUAUCUUUUCCCUUCUCUCAUUUAGACUACACAGUACCAAUGAUCUGAGCAGUUUUGUUCCGCAUUUUACUGGAUGAACUUUGCAAACAGCUCUGCAGUGAACACUAAGAAAGGGUUUUGGUAGCAGCAGUUGGAGUCUAAAGCGGAUCAGCUUCACAUAAAAGGUACAAACGACAUAGGAGAGCAUGAGUCAUUCCCAUUAAUCUAUGCCAAGAUGCUGAGUUCAAAACAUGAAAAGGUCACCCCUUCUUUGCACGCAGAUGACAGUAUAAAGCGAUCCAAUUGUCAUCUUAUUUCUCUUUAACAUCCAUGGCCUCUAACACCCCUUUGAACAGAAGAUCACAUGGGAGAGAAAAACCCCAGCGUGCCCCAACUGUACCUGGAAUCACAGAAGCUCAAGAAAGAGGGGAUGGAUGAAUCCCGUUGAGAAAAGCCACAGAGAACACUCACUAACAACUAAAAGCAGAUUUUACCACUUCUGACUCCUUUAAAUCUAAAGUAUACUCAAGCUAACAUUCAAAAGGAGGCUGGUUUACGAGUCCCUGAUUUUAUAAGGUUUGGGAGAUUUGCAGGAUUUUUGCAAAAUCAAGCAUAGCAGUGACACUAUACACUCCCUCUAAUCCUCUGGAAACUGGCAACAACUGCAGCCCACUGGCACUGCCUGUGUAGUAGUCAGAAGAAGUAAUAUUUACAAUUAACCAUUAGAUUCAGUAUUAGCAGAGGGAGCCAUAGGAAGGCAGCUCACAUGCAGCCAGUGUUAGGACACAGCAUGAGCUCAGAACCUACUAAAGCAGCAUUCCACUAGAACAUCUUUUUAUUAAACCACUGUCUUUAAUGCUACUAAAUGUUUAGUCACAGCUAGAACAUUAAGUGGAAUCCUACUGCCUUUGAUUCUGUUUUAAAUUGGGGAGGUUUCCAUAUCUAGGGCAAUCUGUCUAGCUAGACAGCCUGAGGAAAGAUAGUUAAGAGUGGAAAACAGAGACAAGCAAACAGGUAGAGGCAGGUACCACAUCUUUCCGUUCACAAAGAAAAUGGAGAUUCAUUUCAGAGCUAGGAUGUUCCUCACUGAAGAGGUGAUGAAACCAACAGAGCCUGGUAAAUUAAAACAAAAUAAAAUGAAGAGUUAUAUGCAA